AUGACUUCAUCCUCCGUGGAGUACACCAUAGGAGGGGUUAAGAUUCACUUUCCCUGUAAAGCCUAUCCUUCCCAACUGGCCAUGAUGAACUCAAUUGUACGUGGUCUGAACCAUGGUCAGCACUGCUUACUAGAGAGCCCCACGGGCAGUGGCAAGAGCCUGGCUCUGCUGUGUUCAGCCCUGGCUUGGCAGCAGGCCCAGUAUGCUAAGACUGUCCAGGGUGGUGGAAACCCCCCUGACAAGGGUAAGAAGUCUGACGCGUCCACCCCUUGUCAGUGUGCCUGCCACAGUCGACCUAACCGUAUACAGACACAUCCUACCAGCACAGCGGCAAAGCCAUCUGCUGUAGUAGACAUGACGUGUCCUGAUCCAGAGACUACUCCAGUCCGUGCACCCCAUCCCUCAGACAGAGGGGAAAACUACCAGCAUGUGAGACCUACGCUGUCCUCCAAGCUUUCAGAGAAGAUGCGGGGCUCCCACAGCACAGACAGAGAGAGGGACGAGGACUUCCAGCCCGAACGGAAACGGAUCCGUGCAGCUGCUGCAGAUGUGCAGAGCAGGAAGCGGAGGUGCGUGGAGCGUGGUGUGAUAUUCAUUGAUGAUGAACCUGAGGGGCAGAUGUCUGCGUCUGUGGCCCAAACUGGCACCACGGAGCAGAGCAGCCAAGCCGGAGCUGACGGCAGUUUACCCUCCCCAUCGUGUUGUUCUCCAGUGCCUUGUUCUCUCUGUCCUUGUGCCAGUGCUAAAGGAGUACAGAGAGAGGGUGAAAAGGCCAAAGAAAAAGAGGACUCCGGUAAGAAGACCCCAAAGAUCUUCUUUGGAACACGUACGCACAAGCAGAUCACCCAGAUCGCUCAUGAACUGAAGCGUACGCUCUACUCCACUGUGCCCAUGACCAUUCUGUCCAGCCGUGACCACACCUGUGUGAACCCCGAGGUUGUUGCUCACGGCAACCGCAACGAGCACUGCAAGGAACUGCUGGAGGCCAAGAAUGGCCAGUCCUGUCGUUACUAUCACAACGUGCAUAAGAUGCGUGAGCAAAGCACCCUGCAGUGGGUACACGGGCUCCAUCAGGCGUGGGACAUUGAGGAACUGGUCGGACUGGGAAAGAGGCUCCGUUCUUGUGCCUACUAUGCUGCCCGUGAGCUCAUGCAGGACGCCUGCAUUGUCUUCUGCCCCUACAACUACCUGCUGGACCCCCUCAUAAGAGAGAGUAUGGAAAUCGACCUGAAGGGCCAGAUUGUGGUGCUGGAUGAAGCCCAUAACAUUGAGGACUGCGCCCGUGAAAGCUCCAGCUACACUGUUAACCAGGCACAGCUGCUGAAUGCUCGCGACGACAUCGAAGGCAUGGUGACCCAUAAAAUCCGUCCCGCCCAGCACCAGGUUCUGCUGGGCUUCUGCUGCAGUCUGGUCAACUGGGUGCAGGAGAGCUGUGGUGCUCUACAGGAGAGGGAAUUUGAAACUUCCUGUAAGGUGUGGACAGGGAAGGAAGUUCUGGGCAUUUUCCACAGCCUAGGCAUCACCCCUGAGACCUUCCCCAUGCUGCAGAAGUGCCUGACAGCAGUGCUGGAGAAAGAGGAGCGUGUGGGGCUGGUGAAUGGGAGAGAAGACCAGGUUCAGGUCCCUACCAUCAGUGCCAACACUCAGACAGUUCUGAAGAGUCUCUUCAUGGUGCUGGAGUUCCUAUUCAGACAAAACUGCAGGUUUGCUGAGGACUACCGUGUGGCCCUUCAGCAGAGCUACACCUGGACCACGCAGGCAGAGCUCCCAGACGCCCAGGGCUUUUUCGCCCGGCCUCAUCGCAGACGCCAGAGUGCACGCACUAAGACCACGGUUUACACGCUCAGCUUUUGGUGCCUCAAUCCAGCAGUGGCAUUCUCGGACCUCAGCGAGUCAGUGCGCAGCAUUGUGCUGACUUCAGGUACACUGUCGCCCAUGGGCUCCUUCUCCUCCGAGUUGGGCAUCAAAUUCUCCAUUCAGCUGGAGGCCAGCCACGUCAUCAGCAGAUCUCAGGUAUGGGUUGGCACAAUUGGCACUGGGCCACAGGGGCGUAAGCUUUGCGCCACCUUCCAGCAUGCUGAGACCUUUGCCUUCCAAGACGAAGUGGGUGCCCUCCUGCUGAAAGUGUGCCAGACCGUGAGUCGAGGAGUGCUGUGCUUCCUGCCCUCCUACAAGAUGCUGGAUAAGCUCAGAGAACGCUGGAUAAACACAGGCCUUUGGGAAAAGCUGGAGGAUGGGAAGACUGUGAUCACGGAGCCCCGGGGCGGGGGCAAGGGCGACUUUGAUGAGCUGCUGCAGACAUACUACGAGGCCAUCAAGCAUAGCGGACACAGAGAUGGGGCCCUGCUGAUCGCCGUGUGCAGGGGGAAGGUGAGUGAGGGUUUGGAUUUCACAGAUGACAACGCCAGAGCGGUCGUCACAAUUGGUAUCCCAUUCCCCAACAUCAAAGACCUGCAGGUUGAACUUAAGAUGAAAUACAAUGACCAGCACACCAAAGCACGUGGGCUUCUGUCGGGCAGCCGCUGGUACGAGAUCCAAGCUUACCGUGCUCUCAACCAGGCCUUGGGAAGGUGCAUCCGACAUAGAAACGACUGGGGUGCACUCAUUCUAGUGGAUGACCGUUUUAGGACCAAUCCCAACAGAUACAUUACAGGGCUGUCAAAAUGGGUGCGCCAGCUGGUGAAACACCACGACACUUUUGGCGGCGCCAUGCAGUCCUUGGUUGCCUUCUCUCACGCCCAGCAGGGGGCAGUAGCAGCUCACGAAGAGCAGCUCGCCGAGACUGCUCUUCUGUCUCCCAAUGUCUCCGCGGUGGUGCUCGCACCCCUGUCUGAGUCAUCCUGCCCAUCCCAGCUGUCAGACCCCCGGCUCUUACAGCCGUGCCUGAGUUCUGGUGGUAUGGUCAACGUCGCGACCCCCAUUGUGAGCUCAAGCACGAAGGUCAGACCAGAUGCGAAGAAGCUUGUGCACAAUCCAAUUGGGACACAGAACAAUGAAACCAAAGAUCUGACAACAACAGGAUCCGUACACCAGCUCUCCACCUCGUCACCAGUCAGUUCCAGAUUUACAGCUCCUCUGUUUAAGCCCAAGGCUUCUGGUAACCACACUACUGGGGAAGGAGACUUAGUAGUGAACAAGAAAGACACUUCUUCCCAGUCUACUUCUGAACCACUGCCACACUGCUUAGAGGAUAUGAUCGAAAACAGGCCUAAAGAAGUUUCUCCAGAGCCUCUUCUUCAAGAGCUAGACCUCUCCCCAGUGAAUAUUCCAGCCAGCCCUGUCCCCAGACAAGAGUGUAGUGCAGCAGACACUGAGGAAGAGUUAGAGGACCAGACUAUUUUUUACACUCCAGAACUUUUUGAAGGAGAAGAGGAAGAUGAGGAUGAGAUGGUUGAACUCCAAACUUCACCAGCGAGGUCAGAACCGAGCACAACACCCUACGCCAGGGUGACGGAGGAGCUGUCAGAAGGCCUAUUUAGCUCAGAGCAAGGCCCAAGGAGAGAGACAUGUGCUCUGUCUAAAGCCCAACAGGGCUGCAUUCUUUCUCCUGACAGAGAAUGUGUGGUAGUGCAGGGGGUUGAAGAGCAAGCUCAGGGAAGCUGUAACACAGUGAGUGAGGACAGGGCUGGAGGGAAGCAACAGCGUAGCAGCAGAUCUCAUAGACUGUCCAGGUCAAAGCAGAAAGGGCCCAAUGCACCGACAAUAACGUCAGGUAAACUCACCAGCUACUUCUUAAAGCAAACUCAGGCCAGCGGAGAUCGCGUCAACAUACGACCAGGGUCUGGGUGGAGAAGAGCCAGGGGCAAGGCUGCAGUAGUUUCGGCUGACCCUAAGAACACUGAUACGGUUGAAGGGCUGAGAGCUCAAAGAAAGCUUGGGAGCACAAGCAGACAAUCCCAAGUCUUCUGCUUGCAGUACAGUAAACCUAAUGCUAAGACUGCAGUGGUAACAAUGAGUACAGCUAAACUCAGAGCAGUGGCCAAGCCUGGUUGCUCUAACAUCCUUAUGACCCCAUCCACAGUGCAGUUUGAGGUAGUUACUCCAGAGAAGGAGAGAUGGGGGGCCUACCACCAGCAGCCCUGUAUGAGUGGAGUUCACUGUGGGCAGUGUGGAUGCGAACUCAUUCCCUUCGCUGAUGAUAGUUCAGUUUGGGCCAACAAACCCAUGUCCCCAUGUCCAUGUAGCUCUGUACCACCCUGCCACGGUGUCUCUCUCCUGCUGGUUCAGAACUGCAAGGCCUUGCUGGCCCUACGCAACUCAAUGCAGCCCUACAUACCUACCAGCAACAUGGGCCCAAGCUCAUACAAUGCUUUGUGGAACGCUGCUGAGUGUUCGGUGACACGCCUACUGCAAUGCAAGGGCUGCCUCUCCUGCUGUCCCCCAUCUAAAAAUGUAAUGGCAGUGGAGAUACAGUACCCAAAGAACCCCGAAAGAGACCAGGUAGGCUCCACAUCUGCCAACUGCAGCAACAGGUACUCUUACUUGUUGAAGUUAAGCACAGUGUGGCACUUCCUGUAUUUCCUCAUGUUCCCGCCCCCUCUGAGGGAGCAAUACUGCUUUGUGACAGGAGGACCAGGGAGAGAGGCUGUUCCCUCAUAUGGUAACCAUGUGAUUGGCUCCCUGAGCCAGGACCCAGGCUUUUACAAGGAGGAGCGACUUAAGCUCCUGGGUCAGGGUAUGCCCAGCCAAGGCAGCUCUCAGACGGGAUUUAGAGACGACAGUGGGAAGCAGCACAAAGAGAGGAAAGAGGGCAGUGCAGGAGAGAGGCACGGCCAGAUCUACUUCAAUGAGUUCCAGAUGACCCCCUUCGCCCCCAUUCUCCAGGCCGACUUUCUCACAGAUAGAUACCACUAA